UCACAUUGCAACUGCAGGUAUUUUACAACACUGUCAGCUGUCGAUUUCAUUGCGUGCGGUUUUAAUAAAACGAGCAAUUGAUUAACUUAAAAGUUAUUAUAAUAUUUAAAUAGAGCACAUACAUAUAAAAAAGAAUGGCGCAGUUUUUCAAUCGUAUUGGCCAAAUGGGCCUCGGCGUUGCUCUGCUGGGCGGCGUUGUGAACUCCGCAUUAUAUAAUGUUGAAGGUGGACACCGAGCUGUGAUUUUCGAUCGCUUCACGGGCAUCAAGGAGACCGUUGUGGGAGAGGGUACACACUUUUUCAUUCCCUGGGUGCAGCGUCCCAUCAUCUUCGACAUUCGGUCGCAGCCCCGCAAUGUGCCGGUGAUAACCGGCAGCAAGGAUCUGCAGAAUGUCAACAUCACACUGCGUAUCUUGUAUCGUCCGAUACCCGAAGAGUUGCCAAAGAUCUACACGAUUCUUGGCCAGGAUUACGACGAGCGUGUGCUGCCCUCGAUUGCUCCUGAGGUGCUUAAGGCCGUUGUCGCUCAGUUCGAUGCCGGCGAGCUGAUUACUCAGCGUGAGAUGGUAUCGCAGCGCGUGUCCCAGGAACUUACAGUGCGUGCCAAGCAAUUCGGCUUCAUCUUGGAUGACAUCUCGCUAACGCACUUGACCUUUGGCCGUGAGUUCACGCUGGCCGUUGAAAUGAAACAGGUGGCUCAGCAGGAGGCGGAGAAGGCGCGUUUCGUGGUCGAGAAGGCCGAGCAACAGAAGUUGGCUUCCAUUAUCUCCGCUGAGGGUGAUGCUGGUGCUGCCGAUUUGCUGGCCAGAUCUUUUGGUGAGGCCGGCGAUGGUCUUGUCGAGCUGCGUCGUAUUGAGGCUGCCGAGGAUAUUGCCUACCAGCUAUCGAGGUCACGUGGUGUCGCCUAUUUGCCCAGUGGACAACACACGCUGCUCAAUCUGCCCUCAACUGUUGCGCAAUAACGUGCCUAGUGGAAUAAGUUGUAACUACCUGUAGCAUUUAUUAAGUACUUUCGAUUUUGUUUAUACCCCCCACAAACAAUGCAAUUUGUAACCUUGUCGCCUUCUGCAGAAGCAUUGGUCCAAUAUUUUAAUCACUUUUUGGCCUGAUUCUGUGCGCACACGUUGUUCGACCUUGUUUAUUGUCGACUGGACUGCGACCGCGACUGCUAUGUGCGUAUCUGAAACUCACCGUAUAAAUUCCUUACUGAACCCAGACAGAAGACCAGAAUAUGUUACAUCUUGCGAGACUAUAAAAAAUUUGUUAUGUGAACAAAAGGAUCCAAUACAAUAAAUACAUAUUAAAUAUGAAAAUCCCUUACCUA